AUGACAGAACCCCAAAGGUACAUUACUUCAGAAGAGCUCAAAAAGCACAAGAAACCAGGGGAUCUGUGGAUUUCUAUUCAGGGUAAGGUGUAUGAUGUUUCAGAAUGGGUGAAUCAUCACCCAGGUGGUGAGCAUCCACUCUUGAAUCUUGCCGGCCAAGAUGCAACUGAUGCAUUUGUUGCUUUUCAUCCCGGCACUGCCUGGAAAUAUCUUGAUAAAUUCUUUAAUGGGUUUUACUUAGAAGAUUAUUCUGUUUCUGAUGCAUCCAAGGAUUAUAGGAAGCUUCUUUUUGAGUUUUCAAAGAUGGGGCUUUUUGACAAGAAAGGGCAUACUGCUUUCUUCACUAUGUGUUUGAUUGUAAUCCUUUUUGCUGUGAGUGUUUAUGGUGUUCUUUGCAGUGAAAGCCCAUUGGUGCAUAUGAUUUCUGGUGGUUUAAUGGGGUUUAUUUGGAUCCAAAGUGGUUGGCUUGGGCAUGAUUCUGGGCAUUACCAGAUUAUGCUAACACCAAGGCUUAACAGAUUUGCUCAAGUUCUUACAGGAAAUUGCCUUGCAGGCAUCAGCAUUGAGUGGUGGAAAUGGAACCACAAUUCCCAUCACAUUGCUUGCAAUAGUCUUGAUUAUGAUCCUGAUCUUCAACACUUGCCAUUUUUUGCUGUUUCGUCUAAACUUUUUAGCUCAAUCACUUCUUAUUUCUAUGAUAGGACAUUGGAUUUUGAUUCUUUUGCUAGAUUCUUGGUUAGUAACCAGCAUUUCACAUUUUAUCCUGUCAUGUGUUUUGCUAGGAUUAACUUAUGGGCCCAGUCAUUCAUUCUCUUAUUCUCUGAUAGGAAAGUUCCUCAUAGAAUUCUAGAACUUUUUGGAUUGCUAAUAUUCUGGAUUUGGUACCCUUUACUGGUUUCUUGUUUACCCAACUGGAGUGGAAGAUUAAUGUUUGUUAUAUCCAGUUUUAUGAUAUGCGGGAUUCAGCAUGUUCAGUUCUGUUUAAACCAUUUCUCAUCAAGUGUCUAUGUUGGACCUCCUAAAGGAAAUGACUGGUUUGAAAAGCAAACAAAUGGGACUCUUGGGAUUAAGUGUUCAUCUUGGAUGGAUUGGUUUCACGGUGGAUUACAAUUUCAGGUGGAACAUCAUUUGUUUCCUAGGUUACCUCGAUGCCAUCUUAGGAAAAUCUCCCCUUUUGUUAAGGAAUUGUGCAAAAAACAUGGAUUGCCUUACAACUGUGCCUCGUUCUGGGAAGCUAAUGUUAUGACAGUGAGGACGUUAAAAAAUGCUGCGAUCCAAGCUCGGGAUUUUACAAAGCCGGUUCCGAGGAAUUUAGUUUGGGAAGCUGUCAACACUCAUGGUUGA